ACCUUUACAGUGUUGUCAUCACAAAAGUGCACAGUCAAGCCAGUCAUCAGUGUUUCGGGAAUCAGUUUUCAGACAGAAAGCUUCAAUUCUAUCGCCACUACUAACUCUCAUACCUUUUCUUGCUUUUCUUCUGACGAAAAGAAAGAUUAAAUUCAAAUUUAUCUCCUGGAUUAAUCACAUUGCGUCUGAAAAUGCCAGCCGCCGAGAAGAAAAAGGUCGAGACGCCAGCACCGGCUCCUGGUAAAAAAGUUGAAGAAGAGAAAAAUGAACUGUCUGAAGAAGACCAACAUUUACAAGAUGAGUUAAACAUGUGUGUGGAGCGUUUGGUGGAAAACAAUUCAGCUCUGUACAUGGCAGCUUUGGAAAGUCUGCGCACUUUGAUCAGGGCGUCCACGACUUCAAUGACAAGCGUCCCUAAGCCACUUAAAUUUCUCAGGCCUCAUUUUGACACUUUGAAAGAGGUCUUCGAAAAAAUUCAGGAUCCUCAAACAAAGCAGUUUUGUGCUGAUGUUAUCUCUGUCCUGGCGAUGACCAUGAGCGAGACUAGGGAGUGCCUGAAGUACCGCCUGCUUGGAUCUGAGGAUCAAAUUGGAGAGUGGGGCCAUGAAUACGUCAGGCAUUUAUCUGGCGAAAUUGCUGCUGAUUGGGCUGACUCUGAUGAUCAGGCUCAUGAAAGACUGUUGGUUCUGGUUCGACAAAUCAUCCCAUACAACAUGGCUCACAAUGCUGAAGCUGACGCUUGCGACCUGUUAAUGGAAAUCGAGCAUCUUGAUAUUCUAGAACAAUUUGUGGAUGAGGGCGCUUACCAUAGGGUUUGCCUCUACCUUACAAGUUGUGUGCCCUAUGUCCCUGAUCCAGAGAACACAAUCCUCUUGGAAACAUCACUCAAGCUGAAUAUGAAAUUCAACCAGCUUCCUCAAGCCAUGCUUCUGGCAAUGCAGUUAAAUGACAUGGAAAAAAUCCGAAACAUCUUCAUUCAAUGCACUGAUCCGUCGAUGCAAAAGCAGCUGUCAUACAUGCUUGGAAGGCAACAGAUUUGUCUUGAGAUUGAUGAUAGUGAAGUGAAAGACAGUGAGGAGCUUGUUGAGAUCAUGUCUAACAACCAUCUCAACCAUCAUUUCUUGAACCUGGCAAGAGAGCUGGACAUCAUGGAACCUAAAGUGCCUGAGGAUGUGUAUAAGUCGCAUUUGGAGAAUGUGCGUGCCACUUUUGGCGGAGGCCAGGUUGAUUCUGCCCGUCAAAAUCUCGCAGCAAGUUUUGUCAACGGCUUUGUUAACGCGGGAUUUGGACAAGACAAGCUCUUGAUGGAUGGUGGUACCAAGUGGCUCUACAAGAACAAGGAGCAUGGAAUGAUGAGCGCCACUGCUUCACUGGGAUUGCUACUCCUUUGGGACAUUGAUGGAGGCCUCACCCCGAUUGACAAGUAUCUGUACUCAGCUGAGGAUUACAUUAAGUCAGGAGCCUUGCUUGCUUGUGGGAUGGUCAACUGUGGUGUGCGCAGCGAGUGCGACCCAGCCUUGGCUCUCCUCUCUGAUUACGUCAUGCACACUAGUAACGUGAUGAGACUUGGUUCUAUCCUGGGACUUGGGCUGGCUUAUGCAGGCUCAAAUCGCAGUCAAGUGCUUAAAGUCUUGACCCCUGUGCUGAGCGACCCUAAAGCAAACAUGGAGGUCAUUGGUGUCACCGGUCUUGCUUGCGGCAUGAUUGCUGUUGGCUCGACCAACUCCACUGUCACCAACGCCAUCAUGCAAACUCUGAUGGAACGCUCUGAGGCUGAUUUAAAAGAAACUUUUGCGCGCUUCCUCCCUCUUGGAUUGGGGCUGUGCUACUUGGGCCGUCAAGAGCAAGCUGAUGUCCUCAUUGAGUCCCUUGGAGUUAUAUCGGAGCCGUUCAGAUCGAUGGCAGUCACAAUGGUUGAGGUGUGCGCGUACGCAGGCACCGGAAACGUCCUUAAAGUCCAAAAAUUGCUACACAUCUGCAGCGAGCACUACGAAACACCUGAAAAGGAAGAGAAGAAACAUGACAGGAAGGGCAAGGACGACAAGAAAGAUGACAAAAAGGAUGACAAGGAGGAUAAGGAGAAAGAUCUGACUGCCAGGCAAGCUAUAGCAGUUAUUGGUAUUGCACUUAUUUCGAUGGGAGAAGACAUUGGCGCUGAAAUGGCAUACCGCACAUUUGGUCACUUGCUCCGAUACUGCGAGCCUGUGAUUAGAAGAGCUGUUCCCUUGGCCCUUGGUCUGAUUUCUGUGUCAAAUCCUAAACUCAACAUCUUGGACACUCUGAGCAAGUUCUCGCACGACAGUGAUGCAGAAGUGGCUCACAACGCAAUCUUCGCCAUGGGUAUGGUCGGUGCAGGCACAAAUAAUGCAAGACUUGCUGCGAUGCUUCGUCAAUUGGCCCAGUACCACGCCAAAGACCCAAACAAUCUGUUUAUGGUUAGAAUUGCUCAGGGUCUGGCUCACCUGGGCAAGGGUACCCUCACCCUGUCCCCUUACCACAGUGGGCAUCAACUGAUGAGCCCUGUGGCUGUGGCAGGACUGAUGGCCACUCUUGUCAGCUUCCUUGAUGUCAAAUCCAUUAUUCUUGGAAAAUCACACUAUCUUCUGUACACUCUGGUAGCAGCGAUGUCACCAAGGAUGCUUGUCACUCUUAGCGAGGAUUUCCAGCCUCUGCCUGUUCCAGUUCGAGUUGGAAUGGCUGUCGACGUAGUUGGUCAAGCAGGCAAGCCAAAGACCAUUACCGGUUUUCAGACUCACACGACCCCAGUAUUGCUGGCCCAUGGCGAAAGGGCUGAGUUGGCUACAGAAGAGUACAUUCCUCUUAGCCCCAUCAUGGAGGGAUUUGUGGUGCUUAGAAAAAAUCCGGAGUAUGAAGCAUGAAUUUUGAAUCGAUUACAUUGAUUUAAGUGCAAACUUAUUGUUAAUAAUAUCUGAAUUGAUGUUUAGGAUUAAUUUAAUAAAUCACUUUGUCUUGA